AGAAGGAGAGAGAGGCAGAGCAGGGACUGAGCGCCACCCCCUGAGGAAAUAGGAGGCAGCAUAUAUGCUGGACCUGUGGGGAGAUCUAGUGCGGAAGAUCGAAGCGAUAAUUACAGAGCUGAUAAUUACGGUGUGGUAGAAUUCCGUGCACCCCGGCCUAGAUCCGGCAGUUCACGACCGUGGACGAGAUAGCAUUGAGAUCGAAGAUCACGCAGGUUGGGCACACGAGGGCUGGACUCAUCUCUCUUGCCUGGGCCUCUUGCCGAGCUAAGCUGAGCUGAGCUGAUCAACUGAACUGAACUGAACGGAGGAAAGGGGAGGGGAGGGCAGGGCAGGAUAAAGUAUAUUCCGCAGGCAGAGGUCACUUGUAGGCCGGCUUGCGGCCAUUGCAUUUGUAGGGGCCGCCGUUAUUCUUCGAAAUCGACAUCAUUCGAGGCUGCAGAGCUUUAAGGCGAUCGGACCUGGAGCUUGUCCGGGCGAGAGGGCAUGAGGAAUAGUCACUGAAGGAGCUUGAAAAUGGGGUUCAGCUUGCCAUCGCACAUAGACUCGGGCUUGAUCUUCGGGCUGCUGGGCCUCUGGCACAUCGUGAACACGCUUCAUUUGUAUAUUGUGAAACCGAAGGCUUUCAGGUCCAGGGCGUGGUUUCCUGCUCCGGAAGGGUUUCCGAGCGCGUUGAGAUGCGGGGAGCUAUGGAUUCUUCUGGCUAUAGUUCUGUACUUCAUCACCAUCCAGCUCUCACAUGCAUUGCAAGACAUUGGCGACGGAGUAAUUCAAGCCCGGCAUUUGAUGAGGUUCCAGCACGCUGCCUUCAGCAUGUUCUACCUCGUGUACAUCGUUGUCGCUCUCAUCCAUGAAAACACCACAUUGCUACCUCUUCCCCAUGGAGCUCUGCAGGCAACCUUCGGCCUUGGAUUUCUCAUGGAGCUCGUGAUCUUCCACUACGGACAUCAUCCCGGACAGGAUCUGGAGAGUCAUGUGCACUUACUAAUGCAGUUGAUUCUGGCGACUUUGGUCUUGCUGAUGCUUUUGGAGAUCCAGUUCCCCCACAGUCCAAUUGUUGCCAUUGGACGGGCCAUGUGCCUCACCUUCAAAGGUACCUGGUUCUUCCACAUUGGACUCGUUAUCAACUACCCGUUUGCCGUGCCUAUCGGAUGCUCGAUGACACCUGGUCAUGAUUUCCCCCAGUGUCCUUCGCCCAUGGACGAGAUGAGGGCCAAGGCGCUCCAGGUCUUGGUGUUCUGUAGUCAAGCUGUUGGAAUUGUAAUUUUUACUUUCACCGCUUACGCGAGUAUCCGAUUUGUGGUGAGAUCUUCACUGGAUGCCACGGCAUUAGAGCAGAUGGACAAGGAACAACGAGGAGAUUACGUGCUCGUGGAUAAUGGGCAGAAGGAGUUUGAUUUACAAGUGGAUGCUGCUGGAGUCCCACUGUUGAAAACGAUGCCGAGAUCCAUAUCCAGACGAAGCAUGAGCAGCAAGGCUUCCGUCUUACAACCUCUGCCUGAACUGGUCACCACUCCUGUCACAAAGAUGGCCAACAGUCCUAUGCACAAGAAUAUCAAAAACGUUUGAAGAGUUUCGUAUUUUUUUUCUUCGGCUGAUGUUGGAUGUACAAAAUUGAAUCCUGUGGCCAUAUUCGUUUUUGAACGGCAAACAUGUUAGGAUGAGUUCAUCGCUUUCAUGCGGUGAAGAGAGGUCACGGCACCAGGACAGCAUUGAGGAUUAUUAUUUUUUUUAAUUAUUUCGUACAUGCUCAUAUCGAUCCAUUGAUGAGUAACUCUGAAGUCCUUAUAACCUCCCUGAAGCUUAUCAGCCGGAAAUGGUCAGAUCUGCUGUAUAAGGCUCCAUUCAAAUUGUGGUAGCAGAUUCAGAAGGUUCGAGGAAUUUCUAAAAAUGGUGGGUAUAUGCUUGUAAAGCAGACCUAGAGACAUUUGCAAAGUUGUGUACAUACUUGAUACUUGAACUCAGAGUUGAGUGCAGGAAGCUGGUUACUAUCUUCAGAAAUGUAUACGCUGGGAUUAUGACCUCAAAAUCUUAUCUU